GGGACAGCCUAAGGCCCGUCCUCACUCACUGUCUUUGAGGAACUGAGGGUCAGCUGACAGUGGGAUGAGGCUGGCCCCUCCGUUGUUCUCCUCUUUAGCCAUGGGAAGCCUCCCAUGGAGCUGUAGGAGCUCGAGAUGGCAUUUCGUUUGGGACACGAGCUCAUGCAGGAGGUCUGCGAUCUCUGCUUAUAUCUGACUUCUGACCUCUGGGCACCUACUGCAGCUGUGGUUGAGGCCCGGAAAUGUGAAGGGCCUCCAUCCACUCACUCAGUAGGGACCCCAACGUGGGGGUCAAUGUGGAGGGGGGAGGGGCCGCUGCAGCAGCUGCAGGAGGAGAAGUGCCAGGCCUUGCUCUUCUCAUGCCGCCAUCCAUGCUUGCAGCUGGGAAAGGGGCAGGAAUCAGUGAGGAGACCUGGGCUGAGUCCUGGGGGUGGGAAGAGGGGGCAGGAAGGGGAUCUGAGAAGGAGAACAGAGGGUCUGGUGGUCUGUGCAUCUUCCCAGACACAGGAGCUGUAGAGGGAGCCUCUGCAGCAGAUGCUAGGUGGUCCACUGGGCCCCAGGAGUCUUGGGACUUGUCUUUCUCCUGCUGUGCAUCCAUCCUGGGUGUUUCAGAAACAGCAGACAGACCACAAGUCCCUGUUGCAAGUGAGGACAAAGUGUGGGAAGGCUGUGAGGGUCUACAGUCCCAGAUGGCCUUGGCCUCACCCCGCAGUACACUGUUGAUACACUGGAAUGCCACCUCCUUCUCCAGGUCCAAGUCUUCAGCAGUGACCCGGAACCCCAGCUCUAAGGGAGGUGGCAGCAUCAGAGGCUGCCCUUGCCUGUGUGGCAGCAGGGGAAACUUGCGUCUACGGGGCCUAGAGGCCUGGGAUCUGGGGGAGCCAAUCCUCGGGGCGAGUGUUGUAUCUGCUGGUGUUGUAUCUGCUGCCUUUUCACACUGGGUGUGACCCGAAGAGGCAGCCCGCGGCCCGUCCUCACUCACUGUCUUUGAGGAAAUGAGGGUCAGCUGGCAGUGGGAUGAGGCUGGCCCCUCCGUCCUCCUCCGCUUUAGCCACGGGAAGCCUCCCGUGGAGCUGUAGGAGCUCGAGAUGGCAUUUCGUUUGGUGCACGAGCUCGUCCAGGAGGUCUGCGAUAUCUGCUUAUAUCUGAUUUCUGACCUCUGGGCA